CCUUCACUAAAGCCACAGACGUUAGAGCUCUUCUCGCUGUCUUUGAGAUAAAGUGAAAGCUGCGGUUAAUAACAAAUUGAAAUUAAAAUAAUGGAGGAUGACCUGAAUUACACAACAGUGAUAUUCAAGACUAAAAUGUCUACACUGGAGAAACCCAAUGACCAGGAAAUAAUCUAUGAUGAAGUGAAGACUGAGGAGCAAACAUGGGAUACAACUCCUGUGAUACAAGUAAAUGAGAAGAAAGCACCACUUCAUACUCCUCUCAAACUGGUGGCAGCAGCUUUGGGCAUUAUUUGUGUCAUCUUGGUGUCAGUCGUCAUCGCUCUCAGCAUCCAUUUCAACACAGUCAUUUCAGAAAAACACAGAGAAAACACCAACUUAACAGCGCAGAAUCAGCAGCUGUGGACAGAGAAGACUGACUUGGAGAGACGGACGGAGGAGCUGACGAGAGACAGAGACGGACUCAACUGGACUAUGGGAGCCAUCCUUGAAUAUGAAAACUUUCCAGUGAAAACCCACUGCCCACAGAAAGUGUGUAAACCUUGUCUGGACGGCUGGGUGCUGUUUCAGUCACACUGUUACCUGUUUACGUCAUCUGAUUAUUACUAUGAUUGGAAGGAUUGGUCGGGAAGCCGUGAUUUUUGCAGAGAAAGGAAUGCACAGCUCGUGGUGAUUGGAAGUCAGGAGGAACAGGAAUUCAUCAAUAACCACACCAAACAAUAUGACGAUGAAAAACACGGCUACUGGAUUGGGUUGAGGGAGGAGAGUACAUGGACGUGGAUAGACGGAAGCAACCUCACUGUGACGUACUGGAUAGAAAAACAAAUUGGCUACAGAGGUCCCUGUGCUCUAACUCUGGCGGGUGCAGAUCCACUGGCCAACUGGAACACGGCAGGCUGUAACAUGAGGAACCGCAGGAUCUGUGAAACAAGAACCUUGAUAAAACCAGAUUAGGACUUCCAUUCAUCCGCCCUUCAUCAACGGCAGCUGUUUUUUGUCAAGAUACAUAUACAGUUUUUAAUGUUUAAUGCAAUGUACAUUUAAGUGAUGUAGCAGUUUUGAAUGUUUAAGUAAUAUAGCAAAUUUAACUAUUUACGUAUUAUAAAUAUUUCUCCGCUGAUAGUUAUAAUUCUAAUAUUAUGCUUAGUAGUGUUACUAGUGCAGCAAUAUUACUGCUAUGAUGACAGCUUGUGUAUUAUCACAGUGUCAGAAAUAUUGCUGAUCAUUGACCCAACACCUACUGUACUGUACUGUACUGAAAACUACCAGUUGCACAGAUCGACAGCUUCCUACUAGACUGGACUCAUUAUAGACUCUCAAUAAGCUCAGUUUUAACCAACAAACCACUGAUGUCCAAAAGCUCAGAACACUCCUCUCUCUUCUUCUUCAUUAUUUUGACCAUUUACCUGAAAAAUAAACUCAACAGUAUCAGACAUGCUACCUCCAAAAG